AUGAGGACCGUCUUCCCGAAUAACCGAGCUGUUGCUCUGGUCUCGUUGAUAGCAUUUGCUGUUUUCGUACUGACAAUUCUCCAUCUGAGCCAAUCCGAUGUCAAGGACUUCAGUCGUAUAGCUCUUCCUAGAGAUGUUCAGAACAGGCGGAAAUUGGAAGAAGGAAUUGAUCAUAAGGAUGUAAACCAGAAAGAAGGGCAGAAACAGGAUGCUGUACCAAACAUCGCCAUCCCUGAUGUUGAGAAAUCUGCUAAUAAGGAUGUAGACAACGAUGCCGGCAAUGGUGAGGGUAAUCCCGACGACGACAUCGUGGAGCCUAAACAGAAUCCAGAACUUGAUUCAAAUAAAGGCAAGUGUAAUUUCGUUUUUUUUUCAUUUCAAGUUUAGAGUCAAACGUUGAAGAAGCAGAUAAAGCUGGAGAAAAAGUGAAUGUUGUUGCUGAACCUCCGAAGCCUCAACCUAUAGAUUUGGAGAAUGGUAAUUUAAAUGUUAACCAUUGUAAUAAAUAAUAUUUUUGUAUGAAUGCGUUUAUAAUUUUAGCUCAUCGCCGUGAAUUUAUCAAAAACAUGACCAAACAUGCAUGGGCCGGCUAUAGGAAACAUGCUUGGGGUUACAACGAAGUGAAGCCGAUUUCCAAAAGAUCUCAUAAUCAACCAAUCUUCGGAGGAGAAAAGAUGGGAGCUACGAUUGUUGAUGGUGCUGACACUUUGUACAUCAUGGGCCUUCAUGAAGAGUAUGAACAAGCUAAGGACUUUAUCAAAAACAACUUCUCUAUUCACAACGCCAAGACUGCCUCUACUUUUGAGACGACGAUAAGAUUUACAGGAGGGCUCUUAUCUUUGUAUGCGCUCACCAAGGAUCCCAUGUACAUGUAAGUUGAUUGAUUAUGAUAUCAUUUUGUGCUCAGUGAUAAAGCUGUUGAAGUAUCCGACGCUCUUUUACCCGCCUUUAAUACCAAAACUGGAAUUGCCAUGUCUUUGGUGGAUGUCCCCGGAAAGUCGGCUUCUAAUUAUGGAUGGGUAAUGAGCUUGGCAUCGAUCCUGUCCGAGUUUGGAAGUCUCCAUCUCGAGUAUUUAUACCUUUCAAAGCUGACUGGGAAAAAUAUUUAUGAAGAAAAGGUAAUUUCUUUUUCUUUUAAUGACUAAAAUUUUUAGGUACAAAGAAUUCGGGAUGUUUUGGAGAAGAUUCCGAAGAAAGACGGGUUGUAUUAUAAUUAUGUGGAUCCAAAAACUGGUGAAUUUGUGGGUUCUCACGUUAGUUUGGGAGCCCUCGGUGACAGUUUCUACGAGUAUUUGAUCAAGUCUUAUAUUCAUACGGAGAAGCAAGAUAAGCAGGCCUAUUACAUGUACAGGAAUGCCUCAGAUGCCAUUCAGAAAAAGUAUGUUCUUGUUUAUACUAGUCGCGACAUAAAGUCCGUAGAAUUUUUCGCGGCCCCCAAAUUCCGUCGCGCUCCGAAAUGUUGAUUUGUCGCUGCGAAAAACGGGAAUCGCGCGCGACAAUAAGGCAAAAUCAACAAAAUUGCACAGUGCAAAAUGUGUUUUCGGGUGAAUGCACAGUGCAAAAUGCUUUUUCGGGUUUAUGCACAGUGCAGAAAAUUCUACGGACUUUAUGUCGCGACUAGUACUAGUCGCGCCAUAAAGUCCUGACACAUUUUGCACCGUGCGAAAGUUCGGGGUUUGGACGUCGCGCCCCCAAAUUCGGGUUCGUCGCGCGCAAAAGUGCAUGUCGCUAGUGCAAAAACGGGAAAUUGCGGCGACAAAUGCGAAAUGAAAGAAGAAUGCACAGUGCGAAAGUUCGGUUUUGGGAUGUCGCGCCCGCAAAUUCGGGUUUGUCGCGCGCAAAAGUGCACGUCGCUAGUGCAAAAACGGGAAAUCGGGGCGACAAAUGCGAAAAGAUGCACAGUGCGGAUGAAUGAAAGAAGAAUGCACGGUGCGAAAUGUGUCAGGACUUUAUGUCGCGACUAGUAUUACCCAUGAUUUUUUUCAGAAUGGUGUUCACUUCCAAAUCCGGCCUGAAAUACGUUGCCGAGCUGCGUCGAGACAAUGCCGAGCACAAAAUGAGUCAUCUCAGCUGUUUCUGUCCCGGGAUGUUUGCGCUGGAAGCUGAUGUUGAACAAGAUCUGGACCGAAAACGGAAAGUCAUGCAGUUGGCCGAAGAUCUUGGCCACACUUGCCAUGAGAGUUAUGCCCGAGCUCCCACUGGCAUCGGCCCAGAGAUGUUUUAUUUCAACGCUGAUGAGGACGCGACCUCUAAAAGGGGAGAAAAUGGAUUUAUUCUGAGGCCAGAGGCCAUUGAAGGAUGGUUUUAUUUGUGGAGAUUAACCAAGAACGAGGUAAGAAGAACUGUAAUAUAAACGAUGCCCUUUAGAAAUAUAAAACUUGGAUUUGGGAUGCCAUUGUGGCUGUCGAUAGGUACUGCAAGAAGGAAGAUGGAUAUGUGGGCCUGAAGAAUGUUUACAAUCCGGAUGCUGUAAGUUUUUUAGGUGUUGGGUUAUAAUUGUAAAUCAUGGGUAGUCGUGUAAUUGUUUGUUCCUUUACUCUAUUCUUUAUGGUUUUAGGGAUUUGAUGAUGUUCAACAGAGUUUCUUCAUCGCCGAAACCAUAAAAUACGCAUAUCUGACGUUCGCUGACGACGAGAUCCCUUUGAGCAAGUGGGUUUUCAACACCGAGGCCCACCCCUUUCCGAUCGGCUUCGGGGAUAUCAGGAAGCCCAAGACCGACUAA